AGCCGCCGGCGACGAGCCCGAGGGAAGCUGACCGCUCCCGUUAGGCAGUAGUUACUCCAUAGCCUUCUUCCACAAAGAGAGUCUGACCUACAUAACCGUUUCUUGAUUAUCAAUAUACAGCUCGACUGUCAGCUGUCCUUGCAACCUCUGCGCGAAUACCCUCACACCACUGCCACCACCAUGUUGGGCCGUCUUACACAUUACGCCUUCGAUGCGGUGCUCAUCUCCGCCUUCCUCGCAGGCGUCAAACGCUCCACUGGCCUCACCCCCAGCCUCAACUCGGACAAGAUCACAGAGAACAAGGACUUCAAGAAGUGGAUCGAUAACUACCUCGGUGUCGGCGAGUGGGUGAUGGACCAGUCUGUGGCGGUGUUGGGGUCGACCAGCUGGUUUGAGCGGAGACGGUGAUCUAUCGAUUAUAACUAUACCCCUUCCCGCGCCUCCCGGGCAUCGGUGUUGGGAAAUGACUCGCUUUGUACGAAUUACUGAAGCUGUUUUCACGGAAGUGAGGGGCAUCCAUGCUUUUUUCUUUUAUUCCUUUCUGGUUUCUAAAGUGGUCCUGGUGACUUGAACCCGAGAAGGUUGUCUUUCCUUUUUCUUAACCCUUUUUUUCCCUUUUUUCCGUCCCACAGACAUGUAGCAUUGCGCUAUACAUAUGUGUUUUCUGUAUAUUUGCUCUUUUAUCGAUGACCUUGUUGAAACCAACAGACUAGGAGACUUUUUCUUCCCCUUCACGAUGAUUUGGCUGUGGAGAAGGGUCUGGAGUUAGGAGCUGAAUUACAUUUGUGGAAUAUCUAUACAUUUCAUAUAUGGCUGACACUGAGGAAGAAAAAACC